AUGUCUUCUAAUAAAGAUGAUGACAUUUCCUCUCUCUGCACACUACAUGAAGAAUUAACAGGAUACCUACAGCGUGUUGAAAGCACGGCAUAUGAAUUAUAUCCAGGAGUGGAAGCCAUCGAUUAUGACUUCACGGCAGAACGACAGAAUCUUUAUGCCACUAAUUUAGUCGAGUCAACAGCACAUCUAAUAAAAGGUUGUCUGGGCGCUGGUAUAUUAGGUAUCCAUGAAGGUUACAUGUAUGGAGGACUGUGGGCUUCGUUCUUUGCAACAUUGGUUAUUGGAAUUUUAGUGCCAUACUGUACUUAUAUGUUAAUAAAUUCAGCUCAACAAAUGUACAAUCGGUUGCGAGUAGCAAGACUCUCUUACGCUGACCUCGCAGAAGCGGCGGUGGCAACUGGUCCAUGGUUGUUCUUCAGGAGAUAUAGUAAAACGUUUAGAUAUUUCGUCGAGUUAUUAUUAUUCAUGGAAUUCAACGGGACAUGUUGUGUUUUUGAAAUAAUGGCAGCGAAUACGCUUAAACAGAGUUUAGAAGCUGUAUCAUCGCACAUGAAAGCUCUGAAUCUUGACAUUAGUAUCUACAUCAUCAUGAUUUCCAUACCUUUGGUACUUCUCUGUCUAAUACGUAGUAUAAAAUAUUUGGCGCCAUUUUCUCUCAUAGCAGAUCUUUUCACUGCUGUAUGCGUCAUUACAACCAUGUACUAUAGCAUCUCAAUCGCUAAGGACAUUCACAAAGUUCCCGCGUGGAAGAGCAUACAUGGCUUGCUCCGUUUCUGUGGCGUUUGUAUCUACAGUAUCGACGGCAGCGGUGUAUCUCUACCAAUUGAGAACAACAUGCGACGGCCACAGUACUUCAAUGUCGUGUUACAAUGUGGAAUGGCGGUAGUCGUAACUUUUGUCACUAUAGUCGGUUUCUUUGGAUACUGGGCGUGGGGAGAGCAGUGUCGGACACCGAUCACGAUACACAUGCCUUUGGAUACUGUACCAAUUAUCAUGCAGUUUCUGUUGACCGCAUCGCUUGGAGUCACAUUUGCUGUGCAUUUCUGGGUGCCUUUCAGGGUAAUAUGGCAUUAUAUAAGCAAGAGAUAUAGGAGGAGGCGCAAUUUUUGGGAGCGUUUCUUUAGAGUUGUGCACGUCAUCUUAUUGUCGUGUCUGUCUGUUGCAUUUCCGAACCUCAGUAAAUGGAUGAUUUUUAUAGGAAACUUCUUCAUGGGCUUCGUUGUUUUCAUCUUGCCUGCUUUCAUUGAUACCUUAGUGUCGUGGAAACAACCUUCGGUUAAUAAUAAGUUCUAUUCUCAAAAAAAAUAG